UGUACAUCCAACAAUAACAAUAACAGAACGUUGGCGAAACUUGCAGCGGAACAUUUUAACCCAACAUAACUGGAGUAAACUUUCAUUAACCUGACCCAAUUAAACUUUAAAAUGGGGUCAAAGUCAACAGCGUCACUAGCGUUAUUGACGACUUUCAUCGUCGCUCUGUUCUCCAGCUCAUGUCACGCCAUAAAAUGUUACGAUACCGAGCAGCUAGCACUAUACGCCAACUCGUCUAACCUUAAUAUGAAGAGCUGCAUCUCUAAAUAUCUGUUCUGCAGUGCCUUCAGAGGCUACAGUAAUGACAUAAAAAAACUCAAACAAAUACUUUUGAUUCCCGCCAAAACAGGAGUCUUAUACUACUUGAUGAGGUGCGACAACUACGACAUGACUUCUAAAGACAUCACACUCAACAGAUGCUACAGCAACGACUCAUACGCCAACACGUACACGAACGCAGUCGCCUGCUUCUGCGACGCGGACUACUGCAACGAUGCUGACGCCUUCACGAAGUUUACCCUGCUGUCAGAACCGACUAGCACUACGACCACAGCGGCUCCUACUACUACCACAACAACGAUGACGACAACUUUUAUUACGCCUAAGGCGAACGACGCUAACGAUGUUAAAUUGAAUGUAGCGGUACAUGCUUUGGUAACUGCAGUGAGCUUUUUGUUGGGUUUUUCGGUGAUUUUAUAAAUUUUAAAUUUGAUUAAUGCUAAAAUUAAUAAUUUUUUUUCUUCAAACACUAAUAGUUUUAGCAUCCUUAGACGUUUUAUUUAAUGAUAGUUUGUAAUUUAAUGGUAUCUAUUGUCUGUUGAUUAAAUUGUAUAUCAUAUUUUUUUAGAUACAAUUAAAUUUACGUAGUUGCUUAUGUUAGUUUUUGAUACAUUGGUGUAAUCUUUCGAUUACAUUUUGAACUAAUAAAUUGUUAAUAAAAAUC